AAGCUUAGGCCUUGAUAACCCGCGAGGGCUAGGGCGCCGCGCUGCUGCACUGGAUGAUCCUGGAUCUGGCCUGUACUUGGAGAGAGAGACAAUGUAGCGGGGCAGAUCUCUCGAAAUCUUUAGCCCUAUACUGCUCAGACCCUCACUCAAGGAAAAGGUCAUGUAUUCAGAUGCAGUCAUGUGAAGCAUGCGACAGUGCCGUUUUGGGGUCUAAAUUCAACAGGUUCAUGAUACAGACCAAUAUUAUAGGAAGGAAUACAGGAUGGGUAAAUCUCGGCUUAAACUCAAACGUAGUUUCAGUACCAUCAAGCGUCAGUUCACCUUUAGGAAGUCUAUCAGGCCUUUUAUCAGUUCUACCUUCUUAGACUUCCAAGAUGAGCGAGGCCAUCUUCAGCGUUAUGUCUUUCCUCAGCUCAACUCUGUCUGCCAUUCAAGGGGUACUUUCUUUGCUCCUGCAGAUCUUCGUUGGGGCAUCAAUAACGAACAGUCAAGCUCAGGAAAUGUCAUCUCUCUAUGCCUCGAGUACAUCAAUCGGUGCAGUCCUUUCUUUAUCUGUCUCCUUGGUGAGCGUUAUGGAACCCAUCGGCCUAAUGAUGCACCUCUGCUUCCAUCAUCACUGGAAAAACUACCUCGGAACAUGUCAUGGUUGGAUAGGAAUUAUUUGACAGCCGCCAGCAAGGGACAUGAAUGGAUCAUGCAGGAGGCAUAUCAAUAUUGCAGUGUAACAGAGCUAGAGAUCAUCCAAGCAGCCAUUUUGAAUGACAGUAAAUACUGCAGAUUCUAUGUGAGAGAUGUCAGACAUGUAGAGGACAAGUUUCUGGAGUUACCAGAAAAGGAAAGGGAGGAAAAACUGAAGAUGUAUAUGGCUGAGGAUGAGGAAACAGAAAUUAAAGUAACCACUUUGAAACAGAAAUUAAUCAACAAGGGUAUGAAGAUCCAAUUUUUUCGUACUCCUGAAGAACUUGGUCAGAAAGUACUGGAUGAUUGGAUGGAAAUCAUUAAUGAACUCUACCCACCUCUUGAUGAAUUACUGGGUGAUGUUGAUGGUGAGCAGUUCCGAGAGUGGGCAGCCCAUGAGGCAUAUGCAGAAACCCGUCGUCGAGUGUUUGUACUGACGCCUGAGAUACAGAAGCUUUUCACCAAAAUGACUGAUCACUGUGAAGAAUGGAUGGACCCUACUACACCUACAACAGCUGAAAAGGUUGAUGAAUGGGUCAUAGUCAAAGGAAAGAAGAAGAAAAUAGAAGACACACCAGCAUCCAAGUCUAUUGUAACCUUAAUAGGAGAGAGAGGGUGUGGGAAGACAUCAUUGGUUGCCAAUUGGGUCAAGCAAUUCCAAGGAUCACAUCCAGAUAUCAAGGUCUUGGCCCACUAUGUUGGUUCUAGCGCCCUCAGUACUGACAUCUGCAGCUUUCUCCGAAGAGUGACCUUUGAACUUAGAGGAGAGUUUGGAGGUGACAGCCCAGCUGAGAGCAAUGGUGAUUCUGAGGAACUAUCUAACUUUCAUCGGAUCUGUGAAGCAUUUGUUGCAGCCAUUGCUAUGGGUCCUUGUGCUAUAGUCCUUGAUGCUGUAGAUGAACUAAGCAGUACUAUGGGAAUGGGAGUACAUCAGGUCAAAGAAAUGAAAUGGCUGCCUGCUGUACUUCCAUCUCAUUGUAAGAUUAUCAUCACCACAGUCCGUUCUGAUCUCACAUACAAAUCACUGAUGAAUAGACCAGACUGUGAGACCUUAUCUGUUCCUCUCUUUGAGAGCACUGCAGAUAAAGGCACAGUCAUUGAACGACAUCUUGCAAUGCAUUGUAAGUGCUUGGAUGCCAGCCACCUCAAGAAAAUUGUCAACUGCAAGCUUAGCUCAAGACCUCUCUUUCUCACCGUGCUGGCAAAUGAGUUGAGGGUAUGUGGGACCUUCGACAAUCUGCCAGAUCUACUGAAGCGAUAUGUCAAAGCUCCCUCUUUUAGGGAUUUGUGGAAGUCUAUCAUAUCUCGAUGGACCAAGGAAUAUGGAUGGAGCACAGAGGGGAGACUUUCAGCUUCCAUGUCAAAUUUUGGACAGAUUGAUCCUUUUACUGGAUGGGUAGCUGAGACCCUUCGCCUGCUUGCUUGCUCACGUCAUGGACUUAGUGAGACGGAUAUACUCUCUCUCCUCAAGCAGAUGGGAUACAAAGGUCAAUCAGCAGUUACUAGCUUUGACUUUGCACUCUUCAGAUCAGCUGCAUUUGAUGCCCUUGUAGAACGACCUGGAGGAUUAUUUGGGUUCUUCCAUCAAGACUUGAGAGAUGCUGUCCUCAAUUCUCUACUUGGUGUGAUCCCAGGAUUGACCAGUGACCAGACCUCAUCAUCAGGUGUUGGUUUCUUACCUCAGAUGUUGAAUGGUCAGAUGCAGCAGUGUCAUGAACACCUUGCUGACUUCUUCCUUCACCAACCUUCCUCCAGGAGAAGGGUAGAGGAACUCCCUUAUCAUCUAGACCGUUGUGGGGAUGUUAAUGGACUCAACAAAAUUGUCACUAACCCUGAUACAUUUCUGGCCAUGCAAGCAGACACAUCUCAGAACAUCACCUUGAAGCUUGAUCUCAUUCAUUACUGUAACCGUCUCUCCAAAGAGAACUUCAACAUUACCACUUCUCUCACCAAGAUGGUAUCUGAGGUAGUCACUAAAGAAGAUAAUCCUAACCAGGUCAAGAGUAAUUCAAGGGUAUCAUUUGCUGAUGAUGUAGGAGAGAUGGUAAUGAGAUCGGCUACUAGAAUGGAUUGGGAGCUACCCGGUUUCAAAAAGAAACUUGAUAAGAAGAUGGGCAGUAUUGGUAUUCAGAGUGACAAUUUUAGCAGCCAGUCAUCCAAGCCACCCAUGAUAGAUUUGACUGCAGGAAAACAGGCUGGUCCUCCUAGUGCCUCUUUUGGAUCUGGAGGCCAUCAGAGCAUCUUCAGUGACUUUGAAAGUAUGGAAAGUAGAAGGACUAUCGAGAAAUCCACAUUUGAGAGUGGGGAGGAGGAGGAGGAGUAUAUCCCUAGAGAGGAUCUGACCAUGAGUCGUGCCACAAGGACUGACCUUGAUAGCAUUGCCAGUAAGAAUGAGGCAACACCACCUCCACCACCACCACCACCUCCUUUGUCAUCAGCUGCAUUUAGUGACAUAGGUAACGGCAGUAGAGAUGGGAUGGAGAGUGGGUGGAGUGAGGUUGAAAGCAGUCGAAGUGGGGUGGAGAGCAGAAGAAGUGAGGUAAUCAUGAGCAGACAGUCUCAUCCAGACAGUCAAGUUGAGGAAGUGAUUGUCAGAGAAGAGUUCACUGCAUUAUCAACUUGCCCUGAUGAUAUGUCUUUUUAUGGGAGCAACUACAGUGGUGAGAGGAGUCCAAAAGAAAGUAUACUAGAUGACACAAAGAUAGCAUUGAGUAAUAAUAGAGAAGACAGCCAAGCAGAAAGCAGCAUCCCAGAUGUUCCUAUAGAAAUCAGUGAUGCUGAGCUCUCAAGGAGUCUAGCUAGCUUUGUUCCUGGAGAAGAAGAUAUGCUGGAUGACUUGGUGAAAUCGCUUGGAGAUGCUUUUGAAAUAUCUAACAACAAGAGUGAUGGUGAAGUGGACAAGCUUGAUUGCGAGAAAGAGAAAGAGAGCGACAUAGAGGCAGAACCAUUUGAUGAAAAUAGGAUACGAUGUAAAGGGGCUCUUCUUGCAAUGCAUGUUGGAAAGUUUCUCGCAGAAAAAUCUGCAUUUGAUCAGUCUGAAGAGAUGUUGAUGCUAGCCUAUGACAGGAUCAUAGAUAUGUUCCCAUUGUCAUACAAAGAACAGCUACUGCUUGUUGAGGUUCAAGAAAGCAUUGGUGAUCGACAUCUUUUUCAGUUACGUAAAGAUGAAGCAAAGCGUUUCUUUCGUAAGGCUCUCAACUCACUGGAACAUAUUAUAGAAGAAGAGACUUAUGACAACAUCAAACCAAUCCUUGAGACAAAAGGUCGGUUACUAACUCGGAUUGGUAGCAUGGCAGUCCAUGAUAGACAUAUUGAGGAAGCAGAAGAGAUCUUAAUGGAAGCCAGUCAGUGUAUGAAACAAGCUAACAGUGUAGCAGGCAUAGCUACAGCACAGUUCAAUCUAGGAUUUCUCAAGAUGAAGGUAGAAGAUUAUCAGUCAGCUGAGUCUUGUCUACUUGAGGCCUUACAGACUAGAGAGAGAUGGUAUGGCUCAGCACAUCCACUGGUAGCUGAAGUACUCAAUGAAUUAGCUGGACUUCUAUGUAGAUAUGACAAUGAGAUUAGUUAUGACAGAAUAAAGGCUGAAGUGUAUUAUAGGAGAGCAUUGAAGAUUCGUCAAGACGCACUUGGGAAGGAUCAUCUUCUGGUAGCAACCACCCUCUUUCAUUUAGGGAAACUUUUAAGAGAUGAUGGGAGUUUCCAGAGCAAGAAAGAAGCCCUAGAGCUGAUGAGUAGAGCACUGGAUAUCCGUACCACCAAGUUUGGAGCUCACCAUAAACUCACCUAUGCUAUUCGCAACUCAGUCAAAGGAUUACGAAAAGAACUGGAUAGGGGAGACUAUGACCGAGCUCCAGUCAAGCCUCCAGACAAGAGAACAAAGAAUAAUCUUAGGAGUAACUUGAGCUGGCGGGAGCAAGAUCUCUUAAGUGUUGGAGGGAGGAGUGGUUCACCAAGCCGUAGGGGUUCUAGUUACAAUGGAAGUAAUAGCCCAAGAAGUAUUGACAGAAGUCCUUCUCCACGACCAGGCAGUAGGUAUGGAGGAAGUGUUCGACAUGGAAGUAUGCAGUACAAUAGUCAAAACAAAGAGAGAGGUAAUGGAGGAGGAAUUCGCAGGGAUAGAGCUCAGAGCUCACCACAACUGAAAUACAACGGAAGAUCUAGCUCCGGUUCUCCUCAAAAUAGAUCAGCUAAUAGGAAAGUACAUUCAGCUGCGACUGGAACUCAGCAGAAAGACUGUAGACCAUCUAGUUCAUCUUCUUCAUCCUCGUCUUCCUACAAGGGACCUACUUUAAAAGCCAAGUACCUGUACAAUGGCCGUCCUGAUGCAAGAGAAGAUGGUGUGUCCUUUGCAGAAGGCCAUACUGUACUAGGAAACAGUGAGAUGAGUGAUGAAACAUGCAGCAAAAUCAAUGGCAUCAAAGAGAAUAAUCAACCAAGGCAAGGAAAUGGACGUACAUAUUCGUCUGUCAGUAGCUCUACGUGGGACAGAGGACCUAAGAGUUUAGGUAGUGAAAUGUCCGGUACUGGUCACAGACGUGAUAUUCCAUCUCCAUACGAUAGUAACCUCCAUGGUCCAAACAGUAAUAUUACUUCACUUCUUGGAGAGCCAGCAGUACCUCGUUCUAAUACCGUUGAUCCCCUGCAUGAUGCUGCAUUUUAUCAUGGGCCCGGUAGGUAUCCUAAGGAUCAGAGAGAUUUCUAUCCACCAAGAAGACAUCAACAAAGGCCAAAUAGCCACAAACUACCUUUGCUUAAUCCUACCAACCAGGUUGAAAAAUAAAUUAAUAAUGCAUGUUAGGAUUCAUAUGAUAUCUGAAUAUGAUACUGGAAUUUGCUAGGUUGGAUGUGAUUUGCAAUGAAGUAAGAGGAGAUAUUAUAGAAAGUUGGGGGAGAUAAUGAUUCUCAAGACAUUAUAUUCUCGUAUUACACCAAUCACAUUAUAAAUAAAUAUCUCUUAAAAAUAUCAAUUAAAAUUGUAUUUGAGAUGACAAGAAAAGGCAAUAAUUCUUUCUUGAAAUUGGGGCGUCAUAUCAGAGAUAGGACUCUAAACUAGAUGAGAUGAUUUUGAUAAAUGCAGGUGCCUUUAAAGUAUAUAUCUUUCAAAUGAAACUAAAUAAUGAAGCUUAUAUUAUCAGAGAACAUAUAUUUCUAAUUCUUCAUGAAAAAAUAUUUAAAACACAAUGUCAAGCAGCUGAAAAUGAUGAAUUACUUUUGUUGGCCAUUUCUUGAGAAUUAAUAGAUCAUGUGUAACAUUUAUAUUUGUUUUAUUUUGUUUGAAAUAGAAAGUAACCGGUUCUCAGGAAUUUAUAUGAAAUUUCUGCUGCCAUAUAAAUCAGAGAAACUGUUUUAUAUUUUAAACUAAAUAUCCCUUUUCCAUUAAUUUUUUAAUUUUAUAAUUGUGAAGCUGAUUAGAUUUAUAUAAUUCAGAUAUGAAUGUUUUUAUAUCAUCCAUAUUUGUGAUGUUUUUAUACAGAAUCAAGCCAUACAAUCCUAUGUGUGAUGUCAAAAGAAAUCUGCCAAAAUGAAGAUUUAUAUGCAUAUUAUAUUUUUUGAUAUUUCUAUUAACAUUUUGUUAUUUGUUGUGAUUGCAGUGAUGUUUAUUUUUUAAUGAAAUAUAAAGGUAACUUAAGAUUUGAUAUUUUCAUGUGUGAAUAUACUAACUAACCUUUGAUAGUCUAUGUUUAGACUAUGCUACUUGAUGGAAGAAGAGGAGUAAAACAAUAAUAGUGCCGAAUAUCACUCUACAAAUCAGGGCGUCUGUCACAGACAUGGGUAUACUAACCACAUAUUUAAUGUAAUCAUGAUUUCUGACAAGGAAAAUACACAAUUUAUAUAUGUAUAUUGUAUGCUAAUGUUUAUGUUGCUUAACUGAUGAUAAUCUAGCAACUUGUCCCACGAGAAAUCUAUCCCUCUCCUUUCCCAAUAUAGCUAUGUAUGUACAAGCAAAUGUUCAUAAAUUGAGAUUGUUUCAAUGAUAUCAACCCAAGACCCAAACCAGUUGUCUUUCUGAAAUUAUUGCCAAGAGUAUGUCUUAAUAUAUCUAUCACAUAUUGUCUAUCCAAACUGUUGAUAUUCUUGUGUUUGAUAAUCAAGUAAAAAUUAGCAUUUAUUCAGUGUAUUAUUGAGUGUAUAAAAUUGCAUAUCAUAUGAAAAUUAUGUUGAAGUGAUACAAAUGAGGGAUGUGAUUAUGACUUAGGUUACUUUUCACAUAUCCAUUGGGAUGACACAGUAAGACAAAUUGUAUUUCAUUAAAAUCUCCUGAUGGUUUCUGUUCAAGUAUUAAUAUUUAUGAAACAGGAUGUUCAGAACCCCCCC